GCAAGGUCCUCACAUUGCGAUUGCUAUCUCGUACGGUGAGCUGUCCAACAGAACAGAUGUGAGAAGUUGACGAGCAUUAGCUAGCACUUGUCUCUUUACGGAGUCAAAAUCUAUAGUUAUUUCCCGCUUGUUCCGUGUGUGGUGAAGCCAGCAGGAGACCAUGGACGUGGUCCGGGGGUUAUUGUGCCUGUUCUCGGUGCUGGUAUCUGAGAUGUUCAUGGUGGCCGCGUUCUCCCAGAGCAUGGACAGCGACUUCACAUUUACACUCCCUUCCGGACGAAAGGAGUGCUUCUUCCAGACCAUGAAGAAGGACGCAUCGCUGGAGAUAGAAUAUCAGGUGUUGGACGGAGCAGGUCUGGACGUUGACUUCAGCCUGUCCUCUCCUACUGGACACGUUCUGUACAGCGACCACCGCAAGUCAGACGGAGUACACACUGUAGAGACGGAGGACGGAGACUACAUGUUUUGUUUUGACAACUCGUUCUCGGCAGUAUCGGAAAAGAUCAUUUUCUUCGAGCUGAUCAUGGACAACAUGGAACAGGAAGGGGAGGAGCCAGAGGACUGGAAGGAGUACAUCCAUGGGACUGACAUGUUGGACAUGAAGCUGGAGGACAUCAUGGAUACCAUCAACAGUGUUAAAGCCCGGCUGGGGAAGAGCCUUCAGAUACAGACGCUGCUCAAAGCCUUCGAGGCCCGUGACCGCAACAUACAAGAGUCCAACUACAACCGGGUCAACAUGUGGUCCAUGACCAACAUGCUGGUGAUGGUGCUGGUGACAGGGGUGCAGGUCUACCUCAUCCGCUCGCUGUUCGACGACAAGAGACACACACGCACGUAACAACCCGCCCACUGGGAGGGGUCGGGAGGGACCGGCAGCUCUGUCUUGAUCAGCCAGCCAAUAGGGAGUGGGGACUGGUGGUGAAGAUGCAACUGUAACUCAUUGGUUUUUAUGUACAACAUGCACUCACAUUCAUCACACAUCUUUAGACACAAAUGACCUACCCAUCCAGUCUCUUCAUCUGCUCUGUCUAGCUGCCGGGGGACAUUAUUUGUAUCUGCUCUGUCUAGCUGCUGAGGGACAUUAUUCGUAUCUGCUCUGUCUAGCUGCUGAGGGACAUUAUUCGUAUCUGCUCUGUCUAGCUGCCGAGGGACAGUAUUCGUAUCUGCUCUUGUCUAGCUAAAAAUCAGUGGAGGGUGAGACACCAGCCAGACCUUCAGAGUCAUUGGCUUUUAAAAGCGAGCGUAACAAACAAGUGUUACCCAUUGAUAUGGUAAUGUUACCUCUCAACUUUGUCUUCCAGACACUGAGGUGAGACUGCCCUGUCUGUCACAUCUUUCAAUGUCUCCCAGUAUACGAUCUGUAAGUCAUGUUGCUAAGCCUUUUACUGGAGUAGGUUGUUGAUAUACCUGUAGAGACUUUGAUUUAGCAGUUUGUGCCAUACUACCAAAACUUUUGCCUUCCAAACCGUGGCUGGAGUGGACAGCAUGUGCACGCACACACACACUUUCAGAUACUCACACAAUCUCUCACCCACACACUAACACAUUUCUUCAUAGAAACAUCUGUUGCCUGCCAGUGCCAGCCCUCCUUUCUGUGGCUGGCCUUUUCACUGCUUGGUGAGUAGAGUAGGGGAAAGGGAAUAGUUUAUUCCGUAACCCUCUAAAUCACUGCUGUACUCUUCCACUCCCUCCUCCUCCUGACUUCCACCUAUAACUCAUGUCCUGAUGGUCUAAUGUCAGACUUGGUGCCGACAGGCGAGUCUGGUUUCAGUCCUACAGACUGAUGAGAUGUGGAGUCCGCUCUGCCCCUCUCUUUUUCUCUAGUGACCACAUUCUAUUUCUAACAACCACACCCUGCACCUCAUUGGGGCAUGGAAGGUUUCUUGGAGAAGGGUUGCUUGGGACUGAAUGAGGUGGGAGUGGUUGGGAGAUCCACUAAUUGACUUAUUUGGCUUUAUUUUGUAGGUUGUCCAAUAGUGUACAUGACAGAGCUACAAAUGUACACACGUGUGGUUGAUACACUGAUAUGUGCCAAGAUUUUGGAGCAGCCAAACAAGUUGUCUGAAUGCUCUCUAAAUGCUCCCUAUAUUACAGAAAUGUUCCUAUAAAUACUCACUGUGCUGCUGUGUUGAGUAACACCACACCUCCAUCUUGUGGCUGGACAGUGAACUGCUCACAAUCUCACCUAUAGGACUGGCUUUAAUAAAUAUAUAUACAUUUUUUUUUUAAUUGAACCUUUAUUUUUCCAGGCAAGUCAGUUAAGAACAUUAUUAUUUCCAAUGACUGCCUACUCCGGCCAAAUCCAGACAAUGCUGGGCCAAUUGUGUACCACCCUAUGGGACUCCCAAUCACGUCCGGAUGUGAUACAGCCUGAAUUCAAACCAGGUACUAUAGUGAAGUCUCUUACACUGAGAUGCAGUGCCUUAGACCGCUGCGCCACUCGGGAGCCCAGUUUUCAACCUACCCCUGCUUUGAAAUAUUACAGUGAUGCAGUAUCCACUCUUUGACAUUGAAAGAAUAACAACAUAAAAUUGUGAUGUUUGAGGGGUCUUGCGAUGUGCUAUUAUGAGCUCCCUCUCAUUUACAGCUACUCAAACCAUUGGGCGAGUUAGUUUAGCAUAGCAUGGUGCCCCGGAGGGGCAGAGUUUACGCAUUUUAGACCAUUUCAUUAGUCCACCUACACAGUCAUGCCAAAUUAACUCGCCCAUUGUAAUGGUUGUAUUGCCACUGCCUCUCUCUGCCCACCCAUGGUCUGUCAUUUAGUAUUUUAGCUGAUGCUCAAACAAGCAUCACAUUGGGUGAUUUUAAUAAGUGAAAUGAAGUGUUUAAAAUCCAGAAUUUCACUGUUCUGCUCCAACCUUUUGUUCCUUUCUGAACAAGACCAUAUUAUAUUUUGAAGAACAGACUGAACUCUUACCCUACAGACAAGCUGUUUAGGAUAGUGUUAUUUUACUAAUCUGAUGGAACAAGGAGGAUAAAAUAUUCUGGGAUAUUUAUCAGAAUGUUCUGUAGAUGUAAAUGAAACAAUCCUACUUUUCUGAACAUGUCACGUUGUUUCCUUUGACUUCAAAUGGUUGGUAGGUUGGUGAGAAAUAAACUUUAUACAGAUCCA